AUGUAUAAUCUCAUAGACACUGAUUCUGCGUGCACAUCUGUUGUGCAGGAUUGGCUGGUGCUUAAAGACGCCAAUACGCCUCCGCCGCCUCUUUUAGCAGCAGGAAACGUUAACGUGUUUGACUUGGAGGCCACAUACUUCGCCACGUCUUUUGGCCUGUGGUUAGCCUGUUUGGAGAAAUACGAUG